GUCAGCAUAAAAUCAAGUUCAUCCCAGAAAUGGUGGGACCUAUCUUAGAAAUGACGCUGAUCCCUGAAACCGAACUUCGGAAAGCUACAAUCCCAAUCUUCUUUGAUAUGAUGCAGUGUGAAUUUCAUUCUACAAGAAGUUUCCAGAUGUUUGAAAAUGAGAUCAUCACGAAACUGGAUCAUGAAGUGGAAGGAGGCAGAGGAGAUGAACAGUACAAAGUGUUAUUUGACAAAAUUCUCUUGGAGCACUGCAGAAAACACAAAUACCUUGCUAAGAGUGGAGAAACUUUCGUGAAACUUGUUGUCCGCUUAAUGGAGAGGUUGUUGGACUACAGGACCAUAAUGCAUGAUGAGAACAAGGAGAACCGCAUGAGCUGUACUGUCAAUGUGCUGAAUUUCUACAAGGAGAUCGAGAGAGAAGAAAUGUACAUAAGGUAUUUGUACAAACUGUGUGACCUGCACAAAGAAUGUGAUAACUAUACAGAAGCUGCCUACACAUUACUUCUGCAUGCGAAGCUUCUGAAGUGGUCAGAAGAAGCAUGUGCAGCACAUCUUACCCAGCGGGAUGGAUACCAGGCUGCUACUCAAGGACAGCUGAAAGAUCAGCUAUAUCAAGAAAUUAUCCAUUACUUUGACAAGGGCAAGAUGUGGGAAGAGGCCAUUGCCUUGGGUAAAGAACUUGCAGAACAGUACGAAAAUGAAAUGUUUGAUUAUGAACAACUCAGUGAACUGCUGAGAAAGCAAGCCCAGUUCUAUGAAAACAUUGUGAAAGUGAUAAGACCAAAACCAGACUACUUUGCUGUUGGAUACUAUGGCCAGGGAUUUCCAACAUUCAUAAGGAACAAAGUCUUCAUUUACCGGGGAAAGGAGUACGAACGCCGCGAAGACUUCGAAGCAAGGUUACUGACUCAGUUUCCAAACGCAGAAAAAAUGAAAACGACGUCUCCACCGGGCGAUGACAUUAAAAACUCCUCCGGCCAGUAUAUUCAGUGCUUUACUGUAAAGCCAAAACUGGAUUUACCGUCUAAAUUUCACAGGCCAGUGUCAGAACAAAUCGUGAGUUUCUAUAGGGUGAAUGAAGUCCAACGAUUUGAGUAUUCACGCCCUGUUCGAAAAGGAGAGAAAAACCCGGACAACGAAUUUGCGAAUAUGUGGAUUGAGAGAACCAUCUACGUGACAGCGUAUAAAUUACCAGGGAUUCUGAGGUGGUUUGAAGUCAAAUCAGUUUUCAUGGUUGAAAUUAGUCCACUGGAAAAUGCAAUAGAAACCAUGCAGCUAACAAACGACAAGAUCAAUAAUAUGGUUCAACAGCAUUUAAAUGAUCCAAAUCUACCCAUUAACCCUCUCUCGAUGCUACUUAACGGCAUUGUGGAUCCUGCAGUCAUGGGAGGGUUCACAAACUAUGAGAAGGCUUUUUUUACUGAAAAAUAUAUGCACGAGCAUCCAGAAGAUCAUGACAAGAUUGAAAAACUAAAGGAUCUGAUUGCUUGGCAGAUCCCGUUCCUGGCGGAAGGCAUCCGGAUUCACGGGGAGAAGGUGACGGAGGCACUGCGGCCGUUCCACGAGCGGAUGGAGGCUUGCUUCAGGCAGCUGAAAGACAAAGUAGAAAAACAGUAUGGGGUCCGCGCUGUCCUUUCAAGUCUGGAUGAUAGACGAGGCAGUCGACCACGGUCUAUGGUGAGAUCCUUCACGAUGCCGUCGUCUUCAAGACCCCUCUCCGUUGCAUCAGUGUCUUCCAUCUCCUCUGACAGCACACCUUCUCGGCCUGGCUCGGAUGGGUUUGUGCUGGAGCCGCUCCUGCCAAAAAAGAUGCAUUCUAGGUCUCAAGAUAAAUUGGACAAGGAUGACCUAGAUAAAGAUAAGAAAGAAAAGAAGAAGGAGAAAAGGAACAGCAAGCAUCAAGAGAUAUUUGAUAAAGAAUUUAAAUCUACUGAUAUUUCUCUGCAGCAGUCUGAAGCAGUGAUCCUUUCAGAAACGAUCAGCCCACUAAGACCACAGAGACCAAAAAGCCAAGUCAUAAAUGUCAUUUCAAGUGAAAGACGUUUCUCUGUCUCUCCAUCACCUCCCAGCUCCCAAGUGACGCCACCCCCAAUAACUCCACGGACAAAACUUUCUUUCAGCAUACAGUCCAAUCUGGAGCUGAAUGGUAUGUCCAGCUCCGACAUCCCUGACGUUCCUCCUCCUCUGCCUCUCAAAGGAAGCAUGGCCGAUUAUGGGAAUCUUAUGGAAAGUCAAGACUUGAUCAGCCCGACGACCUCCCCGCCUGCUCAUCAAAGGCACCUGCCGCCUCCGCUCCCCAGCAAGACUCCCCCGCCUCCGCCUCCAAAGACAACUCGGAAGCAAACGUCUGUUGACUCUGGGAUUGUCCAGUGAAGAAGGAAGCAUUUUUUCCAAAGAUAAAGCUGUAACAAUUCAUUUCCCUAAGUAUUUUAUGGUAUAUAAUGUUUACCUCAUUCAGGCGUGCAGUAUCUAACAUUUAGUGCAAUGACUCUAACUCUGUAAGAAAUCCAUUUCUAGCCGUGUAUCAAACAACACUACAUCACCCCUCUUUCUGGGGUUAUUCCCUCCUGUAACUUGAAAGAAAUCUGGAUUUCUACUUGAGACCAGGAGGUGUUCAUCAACUGACAGUACCCUCUUCCUAAACCUUCUCCCUGCUUCUUCUGAAUAACUUCAGGCACAUAGGUAGCUGUGGAGAUUAAAAUGAGAGUUGAAUAUUUUGUACCUAAAGCAUUUAGGUAGCUAUGGAGUUUAAAAUGAGCUGAGUAUUUUGUACCUAAUCUCAGUGUAUAUAGGAGUCGAUGACGAUAUUCACAUUGAAUUCAGUGCACGUUGGAGUAGGCUUCACAGUAAGGAGAAGCUGCCGUAGGAUUUCCCCAAAUAACAGUU